AUGCCCUGCAGCCGAUUGUUGGUUUCACGUUUAUGUAUCAUUGCGGCAAUUCAGCUUUGUUUACUUGUUUUAAUUGUGAACCCUGUCAAAGUGCCGGCUACAUGGUUGCAGUCGCCCCCCAAAUCGUGGAAUGGCACUGCCAAUGCUGGGAAUGUUUCACAGGCCAAUGUACUGGGGUGGAGUGGGACGAGGUGUGGUCCUGGCGCCGUUCUGUCGCGCAGUAGUUUGCGUUUUGAUUGUAGGAUGCCCAACAGAGCGGAAAAGCCCAUAUCUCCCCCGUUCUGUGACCUGAUUCUUCGUGCUGGCCCACCACCCUGUGGUUUUUAUGUCGGAGGGAGCUUCAAAAAGCCGUUGAGACUCCUGAGUUUGUCUGAGCUGAGGCAGCGGCGUGCCGACGGGCGUGCCGCGUGUGCCUCGCGAUGGACGUACGACGGAGUGCAGCACAACUCGAUGCCCCGCGCUGCUGAAACUGGUGAUCAGGGGCUCGGGUUUGAGGUGCGACCUGCCUCGUGCCCGAGCUACCGCUACUUUUCUUCGUUGGAGGCGUUAUCGAUCCUACACUACGCGAGCAUUGGUUACAACGGGUACGGCAUUGUUGUCAGUGGUGACUCGAUGAUGAGGCAGAUACUUCUGCGGCUGAUGUUUUUUCUGCGUGGCGAGGAACUGUUUGCCGAACACUACUUUCACUUUGACGCGCUGUAUAUUGUGUACGAGGAUCAUGACGAGCUGGCUCUUUCCUUUAACUGCACCCACAGAGCUCUGCUGGCGAAGUACUUUCCUGGGUACAAGGUGGGAUCCAACAUGGGAGCCUCCUGCGACGGGGUUCAACCCCGUGAGCGGGUUCUUGCCAUCCUAUUAUUUUUGUGGGAUCCCGUGGUGGGUGAGUUUCGCGAAGAUCCCCUUUUAAUGCAAGGUCCGCCACUGCAUUUGGCCUCCUACAUGUACUGGUGGAAGGAAAGGUCAGAUAGUGUCCAGGACCUAACACAAUAUUUCCGUCGCGUAAAAAGCCGAAGGUUUGAUAACGCAACGAAAGUCAAUAGAACAAGAAUAAACUACAUCUACUUCACCACACCCAGACUGGAGCUCGUGGGUCCUCAUGUUGUCCCCAACGACGUGCGCCUAAAACGAAACACGCUGGCAUGGAAUGCCCUUAAAUCGAUGCAGGAGGAGUGGGACAAAGUGGGCGCAGGAAAACCACCAAUAUCGUUGGUGGACUUUGCCGCCUUGGCGGAUGUGCGACGUCUGCGCCGGACGGGGGAUUUGAUGCAUUUUAUGUGCACAUGGAAUCCGAGUAGUCCAGGCGAGAUUUCAAGAAUUAUAAUUACGCAUGCGUCGUGCAGGGACCCUAUGAAUUUGGCGGUGGUGCAGUGGACCUUGCAUUUGCUUUGGACAGGGCUGUAA